AUGUUCAGAAUACGCUGUCAUGGCUCCCGCGCGUAUUCUGAAUACGCCAGGCUCACGGCGCAAUACGGCAAGCUCGUUCGUAUAGGUCCUAACGAUGUGAUCACGUCCGAUCCGGAGCUUAUUAGGCGCAUGUCAGCAGCGAAGUCCACUUAUGAGCGCAGCAGCUGGUACAAGGCGACUCGGCUAGACCCAUACCACGAUAUGAUGGGCAGCGUGCUUGACAAGUCUGCUCAUCACUCUUUAAGGACGAAACUUUCUCCAGGUUACGUGGGAAAGGACAUUCCAGGACUAGAGGCCAGUAUUGACUCGGGAAUCGCGGAACUGGUCGAUUUGAUCCGCCUUAAGUACACGUCGAGGUCAAAGGCUGCCAACAUUCCUGAAACAGGCGAAAAGGACCAGGUCUCUAAGCCCUCGGAUUCAGAGUCUGUCGAUUUCGGCCGCCUUGCAGACUACUACGCCAUGGAUGCGCGGUCGAGGAUGUCGUUUGGUCGGCCUAUCGGACUUCUGCAGAAAGACACGGAUGUCUUUGGCCUUAUCAGAACGUCGAAUAUCGCUAUAGAUGUGCUGCAAUUCUUCACGGACAUUCCCGCGCUUCAGAUGAUCUUCACGUCGGAUCUCGUGCUGAGACUCUUGGGCCCAAAGCCGACGGAUUCGAGUGGUUUCGGAAAGAUUAUGGGGCGCAACCCUGCGGCUUGGGAGAUCAUUAUCAUGUUAACCGGUGUCGCCUACAGACUUGCCCAGCAGCACGUUGUGAAACGCUUCGCUCCGGAUGCAAAGGACGAGCCCGACCUACUUGGAUCUUUCAUUCGCCGUGGGCUUGACCAACGCUCCGCGCAGUCUGAAAUCAUGUUUCCAAUGGUCGCUGGUUCAGAUACAGCCGCAAAGGCCAUCAAGUGGACAAUGCAAUACCUACUGAGCAAUCCUUCCAACUUCAAAAGUCUUGAAGAGGAAGUUAUGACAGCGAUUUCAAACGGAACAGUCUCUGAGCCAAUCACUAACAUAGAGGCUCUGAAACUUCCCUUUCUUCAGGCAGUCAUUUACGAGUCCCUCCGUGUUCAUCCACCAUUCACUGGCUUGCUCAUGAAACAGGUCGGGCCUGAAGGCGAUGUACACCAGGGCACGUUUUUGCCUCCUGGUACAAGAGUUGCACACGACACGUGGUCAGUGACGCACGAUACACAGCUGUUCGGAGAGGACGCCCACAUAUUCCGACCCCAGAGAUGGCUCGAAGCUGACGCCACCACGGUUAGAGAAUGGAAGAAACGAACCGAGCUGGUUUUUGGUGCCGGCAGGUGGCAGUGUGCGGGCAAGGCGGUGGCCAUGAUAGAGCUGAACAAGAUCUUUGUCACGCUUAUUCGUAACUUCGAGUUUCUGCCGACGAGUGCUUCUAUUGUUCCACCGAAUGUUAAAACUUUUGACUACGCCUACAUUCGUGGCAUGACAUCUAGCAUCUCAGACUGGCCUGAAUAUCUUGAGAAAGUCUACAAUGGCCUCGCCGGUGGCUACAUCGAAUUGUUUGAAGGUCACGCGCGUACCCAAUCUGACGACGAAUCACUAACACCGGAGCAUGCGAUGUUGCAGUGGGCGGACAAGCUUGACGAGUGUUGCAAGAUCCUUGGGCGUCCAUUCGUUCACGUCCCAAGUCUUGUGCCCAAGCUCAAGGAGGCCUAUUUUGUUGAUAUGAAGAUCGUCCCGUUAGUGGCCCGUCUUUCCGGCCUUUCGGAGGGCCUUGAGGCAUGGACUAUCGCAGCGUUGACCAGGGCUCUCAACUGGAGCUACUCAGAGGUCCAGACUCUUCUGUCUGAAGUGCGCAAAGACAUGAACGACAGAAGUUUCCACCAUUACACUCCACUGACGACCUGUCUCCAAAGAUCACUUGCCAUUCAACGCAUUCAGGGACAACCGCACAUUUUCCUGGCGUUGGUCAUAUCAACGGUGAUCAAGUUCAAGAACUAA